ACCCACAUACAUCAUCACGCACCCUUUGCUUCAUUUUCUCUCUCCUCAAAAACGGAGGCGUAGCAGUUACCCUCACCAACUUAUAUCUCCCUCACAUUUCUUCUUCUUCUUUCAAAAACCCCAUCAUCUUUUUUUUUCAUUUUUCCUUCCUAAAACUUUGACUUUCACAAUUUCCAACCAAAUUUUUUUACCCAUCACCAUUUUUUUCCCUUUCAUUUUGAAUAAAAACCAAACACAACACAACAUUUUACCAACAAAUUUCUUCUUGUUUUCUCUUUUUUCCCUCUUUUUUUUUCCUCCAUUUUCAUCACACAGAUAGAAUUUACAUAAAUUUUGAUUGAAGUUUCUUCAUUUUACCCUUCUUUUGAGUUUUCCGGCAGCCAAACAGGGCACAAAAGAAGACCUCCUAAAUACGGAAUUAAAAUUUGAUUUUUCUUGGGAAAAAGAUCAUGGGAAAUAAAAUAACAGCGGUUUCAGAUGAUCAAAUGAAUGGUUUUAAGUACGAAAAUGGCGGUGAUUUAUCAGAUUGUUACAUCGUUGACUUAGAGAACUUCUCUAAUGGCGUUGACAAACAACACUCUGCAAAUUCUUCAAGAAUUACUUUGCAAAGAAGUCUUUCUAGAAAGGUCCCUCAGCGUGGCACCGAGAGGAAGCUAAAUGAUAGAGACACCCUUGCUCCUUCCUCCUCCCCUAGAGCUUCUCAAUUAGUAAGCACGCCAGAAAAGUCACCUUCAUCUCCUACUACUACCCUACCAAUAUUGGGGUCGUCAUCCCAAGAUCACACCAUGAACCACCACCACCACCAGCAGCAGCAGCAGCAGCAACCGCAGCAUCAGAUCACAAUCAAAACCGGAAGCAUCACCACCACGCCGGAGGGUAGUAGAUGGGGCAGGAAAUCGAGUUUCAAGCGAUCUUCGUACACUUGGUAUGCUGAUCCCAAAAGAAUCCUCCUCUUCUUCGCCACCCUAUCGAGUAUGGGAACGAUGUUGCUCAUCUACUUCACACUGUCAAUAAGUAAGCCUGAUACAGAAGGUAUUUCAGACUGGCAGUAACGCACGACACAACACGACACAAGACAUUGAUGCGGAUUUGUACAUAGGAAUGAUCGUAUUUGAUAGAAUUACGAACAAGACGGAAAAGUUACCGCCUUUUUCGACAAGGCGUAGCGUAGGAUUGCGCUACACAGUACACAGCUAGGUGGAAUGCUGGAAUCUGCAUGAGAUAUACAGCAAAGAAGAGCACUAUGAAAGAUUCAGGUGUUUUUCAAAGAUUUAAAAAGAAAAGAAAAAAAGAAGCAACAUUUGGGGUAUAUUGUAUAGUUUUUGGUCCAUGCUUCUUACAUACAUCGUACAAAGAUUAUGAAAUAGAGAGAGAAUAUUCAGAAAAGCUUUUUUCGACUUUUGCUUUUGCUCAUCUUAUCAGUUCCACCAUUAAUCUGGUUUUGGUUGUACUUUUGGUAUAAAAAAAAAAACGCACCAAAAUGUAGUAGUUUUUUUUUUUUUUUUUUGGGUUAUGUACUCAUGUGUGGGUUUCAUGUGAAGAUUGGAAUACUCCUUCCGUCCCUUUUUAAAAGAAUCACUUUGAUUUUGACACUA